GCCAAUUAGCAAGAUCGUAAACGCGCGACACGAAUUCGUGACUUGUACUAUUAAUAAUAUAGAAGUGAAUAGAUUUAUCGAGUUGAAGUGAUGUUUUGGUUUUGUCAUAUUUUGUGUUCUUUUAUACCGGACGAUUUUAUGAAAAUAAUUAAACGCGACAAUUUAUUAUUUUAUCUUACAGAACAUACACAUCAAUUGACAAACAUGAAACAUUAAAUUGAGAAAAAAAUAUAAAUGGAUGUGGGGUCUUUACAUUAUGUCGUUGAUUUUCACUAUUAAAUGUCAAAGGAUAUUUUCCUUUUGUCUGGGUGGAUGAAAAUGUUUAAAAACGCGGUGCUUCUGAUCUAUUUUUAUGGAUUUCUUACACAAGUUGGAAACGGACAGUUCAUAGUCGAACAAGAUGGCAUUUUCCUUGCAUCCACCGACGACUCGAAUGUCGGUGACUGCAGAUUUCCAGACAGACUCAGUUUAAAUAUGACUUCUGUAGCCGUUCCCCGACAGAACAUCUCAUAUAAUCUCAUCCGGAUUCAGCCUCCACAAGCCAUUACGGUCUACCGACAAGGCAAACUUCGCUCAAACAUGGUUGAGAAUCACUCAUCCACUUAUAAAAGCAUAUUGGAAGAUGCUCAUUUUAUAUUCGACUGUUCGGAGAAAUCUAGAGCCAAAGUGAGUGGCAUGAUAUUAUCUGAUGGGGAGGAGUAUGCUGUAUAUCCGUUCAAACAUGCAUUCCCAUCCCCCAACGGUACCCUUGUUGUGCACAUGCAGAGGCUCCAUACCGCCCGCCCCGGGGUCGUCACACAUGAUUACGUCAAAUCUGAGAAAUCCCGUCUACUGCAAAUCCCUGACGUCACCGUGUCACGUGUUCGGCGUUCCAAUGAUGUAAUUCAUGACGUCACGACGUUUACAGUUGACGUUCUAGCCAUAGUAGAUCCCAAAGUAUUUCAGAGGUGGAUGUCACUGUACAAGGGUCUGUCCCCAGAAGAAACGGCAACUAAAUCUUACUACGAAAUCCAGAAUUAUUACACGCACGUCUUUCAUGGGGUUGAUCUCAGGUUUGGCACACUCGGAUUUCCAGACUUCAGGAUAUCCGUCCGUCUGUCCGGGCUUGUCAUUUUACAGGAGGACAUUUUAGCGGACGCCGUAAACGAGACAGAGACAUCCGGUGAUACUAGAGACGCGGACGUCGCGUUAAAACACUUCCGGGACUGGGCGGCGAAUGCGUCUCUUCCGUAUAGCGACCAUACCGUCCUUUUAACCGGAUACGACUUAUACAAGACAUCCGCGGACGGCUCCCGGGUGGCACACACUUCCGGCCUGGCAUACAUCGGGACGUUGUGUUCAGAGGACAGUCUUUCCGUUGUAGAGGAGCCCGGGGGAUUCCAGGGGGUCGGGACCGUCGCCCACGAGAUUGGACACAGUCUCGGCGCUUUGCAUGACGGCGAGAAUAACACAUGCCGCUCGGAGGACCGCUACAUCAUGGCUGUGUCCGGUUCCGGUCCUUCAUCCGAGGCCGCCGUCACCAAUGGGUGGUUCUUUUCCAACUGUUCACAGCAGUACUUCCGACACCACAUCGCCGAACUUAUGUCGAACGACCAAACGUGCUUACUGGGCUCACCUUCAACCGAAACCGCAAUCAUUCCGGAUGCAAAUUUCCGGCUGCCGACCGAUCCUGGCCACAGCGGUGACCUUGAACUACCGGGCCAAGCGUAUGACCCGGACCAGCAGUGUCGUCUUAUCUGGGGAGAUGGAUCGUAUUUAUGCAGGGGUGCCGAGUUCGGGAACGCUUCCACACUGUGUCAGGCCAUGUAUUGUCGGGACCCCUCCUCUCCCACAGAUUGUGUACUGCACACGGCCGCCAGGGGAACUUCCUGUGGGCACAAACGGUGGUGCGUGCACGGCGAAUGUGAAUUCUCAAACGAGGCUCCCGAAUUCAGAGACUCGUGCGUGUUAGGAGACCAACCAGGCCCUGCGUUCAACUCGAUGACUUGCGCGGAGCUGGCUGACCAAUGGCCAGCUUACUGCUACCAGGACAAGGUCCGCGCCCGAUGCUGCCGCUCAUGUUCAGCAAUCGCCACGCCAAUCAGAAAUUGCGCAUACGGAGACCGAAUCCAAGGUUGCCGCCCCUGGCACUGCACGCAUACGACGGGUGCUAGCAGUUCCAUCCUGACCGACUGCUGCCACACAUGUCAGACAGGCAAACAUUUGAACCCGACACAUUUCACGCCGAUGGAAGAGAAGGUUGCCAAAGACUCAACAACAAAAACACCUAUUGUUCCUCAAAAUCGAUCGUGCGAUGAUGUUAAUGUGGUGUCCAAUGGCAUAAACUGUCCUCGGUAUAUAGAUAUUCAUGGGUCACAUGUGUGCUACACGCCGGUGGUUGCAACCAAAUGCUGCAAAUCCUGUACGGAUAUUAGGGUCGACAUUGAAGGUUGUGCGUAUGGUGACAAAGUACCCAGCCUGUGUGUCCUGGUCGCCAACUUGACUGACCACCAGUGUGCCCAGCACUCCGGCCCCUGCUGUAAAACUUGUCGGACAAUGACCACACCACUUCCUGAGCUCAACCGUGCCCUAAGACACCAUAACUUAACAUAUUGUGUUUAUUUAUCGUUAAUAUUAUUGUUUCUUUGAUAUUAAUUUAGGUUUUUCAAAGACCUGACACGCCUUUUUGGCCAUAAUAACUCAAACUUCAGUGUGUGUACACAUGUAUUUCGUAUUUUUUAUUUAUUUAAGAAUUACCUUAACUGUUUGGAUUCGCCAACGAUCUUUAUCAUUGUUCAUAUUUGUAUAAAGUUUAUUAUUAAAUGAUCGUGUUUCCGA